CUUCAAAGUCAUGUGAGCAACCCAGAACUGUUCAUCAGCAACGGUUUUGGGGUUGGUUUUUUUUGUUGCAAAUGACCACGGCGCAACAGCAACUGGGUGAAGUGGAGCUGAUUCGAUGCAUGUUUUGUGGCGAUGGCGAAUUUGAGUUACGAACCGAUGGUCAACGGUAUCAUGCCCUCCAAACCAAGUUGGCCGAUGGUGGCGAGAUGAUCGUGGACGAGAUGGUGUCGUUUGCGGUGACUGUAGAGCUGAUUGACGAUCAUGACACAACCGUUAUGGAACCGCGAAGACUAUCCGUUAACGUCUCUGUUUCCCUGGGGCGGUCAGAAAUUCCGCAAAUAUCCUUGGCGUCAACGGAUUGGUUAACAAAAGAAGGCCACCAAAAACUCAGUACCGCCCUGAUUGCUCACGUUAAUACAACUUGGUGCCAUUCGGAGACUCCCAUCCUUGAGACUUUGGAAUGGCUUCGUACGACGGCACCAAGUCUCAUACCUUCUCAGGUGGAUGAUACACCACACUCUAUCGAAUCAUCUGUCAGUACCACGCACACAUUUGCCCGAGAAUGGAUAUUCCUUCCUCAACUAUACAUGAAAGCGAAACGACAAGACAUGAUAUCAUUUGCACGCGCCUAUUCGCUGACAGGAUUUGUAUGCCCAGGAAAACCAGCUGUGCUAACCGUAGAAGGCCCAAUGGAAAAUAUCGAUCCGUAUCUAGUAGAUAUCAGAACCAAGUCAUGGGCAGACAUUCCAGCCGGUCAUAAAAAGAUGACAGUAGUUCAUCGUGAGGUGAAGGAUUGUGCCAAUAUAGAUGAAUUGAAUGCCUGUAGACGUUUCACAGACAUGACUGAAGUCAGUUUUGAUGUCCAUGGGCAUAGAUCCAAUCACAAUAGUCUAGAGAAGCUAGAGGAAUGGUUGGUUGGACUUGGAUUGGGAGAAGCUUUUGGUCAUCUAUUUCCAGAACUGAGAAAAUGACAAAUGGGCAGAUAUGGGAGCAAUUAUGAGAUGAGUUUUUGCAGCUCCUAGUUUGGGAAUAAGCCAUCAGUAAUAUCCUACACAUGUCGGAUCAAUUUGUCCUCCUGCGAUCACAGAAC